UUCAAAAAAAAGUUGAGUAAAUGCAGUAAAGAGCGAGGAGGAGAUCGAACGGUGCUGUCGUUGCAGGCUUGCAGCCUCUCGCGGAGGAGGAUUGUGCUCUGGUUUGAUGGAUCAGCGCGCGGUGGAUUCAGAUCGCAGAACGUCGCCGGAAUGUGGAAACCCUAGUAGCAGCGAUUGCGAUAUCAAGAGCUGCGGGGCAUGCCGCACCACCGAGACGCCCCUCUGGCGAUCCGGCCCUGCCGGCCCCAAGACGCUCUGCAACGCUUGUGGGAUCCGGUACCGGAAGAACAAAUCGGAUCUGGGAACGAAGACGAGGAAGGAGAAAAAAGAAUUGGUCCUCGAGGUUCAGAUGACGGGAUUGGGACUGAGAAAGAAGCGAUCUGUGAUUCAGAAGCAUUGGAGGAGGUGGUGGAGAAGGGGCAUAAUCGGGGAAGAGGAGCAGGCUGCUGUCCUCCUCAUGGCCCUUUCCUACGGUUUUCUUUAGGACACGAAUUGAGUGCAUCACCACCUUUUGUCAUCUCUAUUAUCUAUUUCCUUCAAUCUUGUAGAUUGACCCAUGCAAUAUCCAACUUCAUUGUUAUUCUCCAUGGAGAUCAUUUCUCAAGUGAAA